AGCUGUAGCCAAGCUGGCUUUUUGGUGGAUUUCGAUUAGGCGAAGUUUUGCGUUCUGUAUUUUUUUUUUUUUUAAUAUUUGGCACGAGCUGGCUAUUCCGCGUUGGAGUCUCGUGUCCAAGCUCGCGAGUGUCAGCGGGGCGAGACAGUCGUGAAUUAGACAGGCGUACAGUACGAGAAAACGGAAAGGGUUGUGAACGCGCGGUUGACGGCGAGAAUUCGUACACAACUGAACAGCCUCGAUGAACGCGCGCCAUGUCGCGCGUUCCCAGCUGAUCCCACGUUUGACAUAUCGCGUCGUAUUCCUGCAUAGCAGCUUCGACCGAGCCGAAAUUGCGCAAUUAUAGACGAAAAUACAGCACAGGCGUGUCUUCCUUCAUGCCGUGUGAUAUCAUCGUGAUUUAGUGGAAAGCCGAGAGCCGUGCCGAGAGAGAAUGGCGGAGCUGGAUGACUUAUUUCACACGGAUCAAUAUGUAGGCCCGGAACGGCUUACCGAUUUAUGCUACAAACUGAUCUGCGAGAAUCUCGACAUAAUCUCGGUAAAGGGGAAGCGCGGCCAUCGGAUACUACGGAAGGGCAUAACCUUCCCGAGCGAGAUAUGCGACAAGAUUAUCGAAUACGCGCAGCGCAGCGAGGCGACCGAGGAUGACGAUUGCUUUUUUUCGAUCUUCAAAAAUCUAGCGGCGACGCGAUUGAAACACGUCAGGAUAUCCAAUUGCAGCUUGACCGACACCUCGGUCCAAACGCUCGUCAGCCACAAACUCUACGAUUUAGAACUCACCGAUUGUAGCAACGUAACGGAGCUCUGUAUCGAGCAUAUUAAUGCAAAUUCGGAGAAUUUACACAGUUUAGCGUGUCAUGGUACCUCGAUGAUCAUACCAUCCAGUUUAAAAGCAUCUGGCUCAUCCGUCAAUUACUACGAACAAGGAUACGUUUUUAAAACACCGAAUUUAAAACGUCUGGCAUUAGGAUACGUAGGAAUACCGUCAUCAGAAUAUUCGCUGCUCCUAGCGGGAUUAAUAAAUCUGACACAUCUAGAUUUAUCUAAUAGUUGUAACAUUGACACUUUUGAAUUUUAUCAUCUGAUACCAAAUUUAGUAUCCUUAGCUUUGUACAACGUUAAAGUUAAUACCGAUGCAAAAUCUUUUGUUAAGAACAUCUGUCAGUUGAAGAAUUUAAGGCACUUGGAUAUUUCUCAAUCGAAUCACAAACAGGGACAGUUUGAUAAUCCCAAUAAGAUCCUAAGUGAUCUAGUAAGUGGUCUACCCCAGUUGGUUUCUUUAGAUAUUGGUGGUACAAAUCUUGCAGGAAGAGGUGUAGCUGAACGUCUUGUCGAUACGAACAUCGAAGAUAUCAAUUUUGGUCAACUUUCCGAUAUACCAGGACUUGCAUCUAGAAUACACAAGCCAUUGCAAUUUUUAGGACUUUAUGGUACUACUCAUGGUGCUUGCAGGAGACAUGACAUACCGGCAAAAGUGGUGGCUGGUGAUGCAAAUGAAGAUCAAAUAUUGAUCGCAGCUCAUGUUUGUAUGGACAAUAAGCAAGAAUUAUUGCAGAAAGUAUUAAGCGAUUUGUAUCAUGUAUUUAGAUAUGAAAAUUGUCACAGAAUGGAUCAAGCUUUAUGUACCGUUUUGGAAGCGAUGGAAAAACAUCCCGCUCAGAAACAUAUACAGAUUUCAGGAAGCGCCACAUUAUUUUAUAUAGUAAAGAUGAAGGAAAAGGGUGAAUUAGUAGCACGAAUGAAGAGAAGAAUUAUCAGUACUUUAUUGGCUGGUAUGAGUACGCAUAGAGAUGAAGAAACUAUGAUGCGGAAUGGUUGUUUGGCACUGUGUCAAUUCCGCAUACCACAUGACGUGAUGUCGAAUUAUGAAAUGCUUGUAAAGGUGCUUCUACAUUCGGCCAAACAUUCAGAGCCCGAAAGUUUUGUCCAAAGAAUCGGCAUAUAUUUAUUAAACUCUUUAGCUUGUCAAGUGGAAGGUAAAGAGAAGAGAUUACUCGGCAAAUUGGGUUGUGUUAAAACUAUGUUAGAAUUGGUAGAAUACAGGGUGGAAACAAAUAUUUUUGAUGACGUAUUAGAAGUCGCAUGGUCGACUAUGUGGAAUAUGACAGACGAAACUUCUAUAAAUUGCCAACGAUUCUUAGAUGAAGAUGGCAUGGCACUUUUCCUCAAAUGCGUACAGGUACGCAUGUUUUAUGAUCAAUAUCCACAUAAAGAAGAAUUAUUAAGAAAUAUGAUGGGUUUACUCGGCAAUGUAGCAGAAGUCGAAUAUCUUCGGAUUCACCUUAUGCAGGAACGAUACGUGACUGUCUUCGCCAAUCUAUUACGCUCUAAUGGUGACGGAAUUGAGGUUCCAUACAACGCGGCUGGUAUAUUGGCACACAUGACAUCUGAUGGUAUUGACGCUUGGACAAUAGAAAAGCCGACUCGCAAUGAAGUUCUUAAAUACAUGGUACAAGCGAUUGAAAGUUGGGACUUGGAUGCGGAACGUAAUAUCAAUUAUCGUUCAUUCGGACCAUUAUUACGCUUGCUGGAUGUAUAUCAUACUCCUCCAUGUCAACAUUGGGCUGCUUGGGCUCUUGCUAAUCUCACCACUGUAUAUUCAUUCAAAUACUGUGCAUUGGUAGUGAAAGAAGGAGGACUGGAGAAACUACAUACGGUAAUAGCGGAUCCUAGGCCAUACGAACGUAUAAAAGAACUUGCAAACUUGGUGAUUGAAAAUUGCUGUCAAUACAAGAGCCAUUCCGACAAUGUAAAUGUUUUUCAUUCUGCCUUAGACGCGGAAUAUAGUCUGGAUGGUUAAAAGAGAUCUGGUAACAUCGUUAUGCACGUUGCAAUAACUUAUGUCAUCUCUUUAGACAAAACAAAUUAUAAUUAAUAUCGUAAUGGACGAAUAAUAGCAGAAAGAUAAUUAUAUAGCCAGAUUAAACACGAGCGCGUUAAAUCUACGUGAUAACAAUAGAUCUGUUCAUUGUAGCUGUACUGUGUCGAACGUUCUGCACUUGAAAUGAAUAUAUAAAAUUAAAUUGGGAAAAAAAGAGAAACGAUGAAAAGUACAAAAAGUUUCGCUACAAAGAACAAAUCUACAAAUUUCUCCAACAAAAAGUGGAAAACGAACGGAUGCUCAAUAUUACAAUUACAAAGAUUGUGUGUGUAUGUAUGUAUUGAUGUAUGUAUGGGUGUACGCCUGCGUGCGUGGCUGCAUGCGCAUGUUUGUACGUAAAUAGAGCAAUGGGCGUCUCGCCACAGUUCCGGGCAACUUUAUCGCGAACUUGGCGCGAACCAUUAACGUGUCUCUUGAUGAGUAUAUUGUUUGCGCUCUUGUGUGUGUAUGUGAACUUACAUGGAGAGGAUUCGUACUAAGUAUUUUGAGAGAUGACUCAAUAAUUGAACGAAUUCAAUUAUCGACAGAUAUUCAUCUUAUAUAUGAUUGCCGCUAAUUAAUGGUUAAUUGAACCAAACAUCUUUCAUCCAAUUGAUAUACGUAUGGCGUUAUAAAUGCUUCACUAUAUGAAAUUAUCAAUUUGAUUAUGUUUUCAAAUAUGCUUGAAAUGAUUAUCGAUUGAGAAAAUUUAAAGAGAUUUUUAUUAUUGAUUUAAUAAUUAACUUAAAUAUGAGUCACAUGUUAUUAAAGCUCUUUAAUCUUGAAUGCAUAUGUAAAACUCGGAUAGAAUUUUGUAUGAUGCAUUUGUUACGCUGUGUGUAUACAUGUACAUAAUCCGCUUUUAACAUAUGGUCGAGCCUCUGUAUUCUGAGCACUCUUAUUCUCUUGAAUAAGCUGAAUCUCUCUCACUUUGCUGUGAAAAAUGAAAACUGCUAAUGAAAUAAAAAAACGCAGAUGAAUGUAACAAGGGAAUAAAGAAGAAGAAUAAGAGAGAAUAGAGAGUUUGUUCCAGCAGAUCAAAAAUGUGGAGGUUCAACUAUAGAAAAGUGAAAAUAAGUAAUCGCAGCUGAGACCUGCACGCUUAUUAUAUUUAUCUUUAACUAAUCGUAUUGACUUUCGUACAAUAUGUUUGAUGUUUCGGUCCUUCUUUCUUUCUCUUCCUUUGCUUCUCCCUUCCCUGUAGAUAAUACGUAGCCAUAGAUGACUCGUUCCCAUUAUAUUAAGAUUAUUCUGAAAAACGUAACGGAUUUAGAAAUGUAUAAAAAGAAUUACGAAAAAGCAGGUCAUUAAAUUUAAAUGUUUUGUAUGUAUCAUUAUAAUUACUAUUAAAGUCCCCUGAAAGAAUUAACUCUAUUAAUUAAAUACCAAUUAUACGGUCGUGAUCGUAUACUUUCAACGAAUCUCCAAAUCUCUCUAAGUUCUCGUCCAUUCUGAAUUGCGCAUUUUGGAACGCGCGAAAAAUAAUAAUUACGAUUGUUACCAGUGUUAAUGUAAUGUAUAUGAUGAUGUAAUCAUAUAAUGCAUCAAUGCAUACCUUUGUUCGAUGUAUAAUAUAGUAUUAUCUAAAAUCACAUAAC